CUCGGGGAGAGAGACUAAGACGGAUAACGCGUCAUCUCGCCUUCCCAAAAUUUCCCCCCUCACUAGACCGGGUCCAAAACCUCCAUCCGGAGCCGGCAGGAGAGGAGAACGAUGUUUAACUCGGUCAACCUGGGCAACUUCUGCUCGCCGUCGCGCAAAGAGAGGGGCGCUGACUUCGGCGAGCGAGGGAGCUGCGCCUCCAACCUCUAUCUACCCAGUUGCACUUACUACGUGCCCGAGUUCUCCACGGUCUCCUCCUUCCUGCCCCAAGCCCCCUCUCGUCAGAUCUCCUAUCCCUACUCGGCCCAAGUGCCCCCGGUCCGGGAGGUCUCCUACGGCUUGGAGCCAUCCGGCAAGUGGCACCAUCGGAACAGCUACUCUUCCUGCUAUGCCGCGGCCGACGAGCUUAUGCACCGGGAGUGCCUUCCUCCUUCCACAGUCACUGAGAUCCUCAUGAAAAACGAAGGUUCCUACGGCAGCCACCACCACCCCAGCGCCCCACAUGCUGCCCCCGCCGGGUUUUACUCUUCAGUCAACAAGAACAGCGUCCUGCCUCAAGCCUUCGACCGUUUCUUCGACAACGCCUACUGCGGUGGCGGCGACGCGCCCGCGGAGCCCCCCUGCUCCGGCAAGGGCGAGGCCAAGGGGGAGCCAGAAGCGCCCCCGGCCUCGGGACUGGCGUCCCGGGCUGAGGCGGGGGCCGAGGCGGAGGCCGAGGAGGAGAACACGAAUCCCAGCUCGUCCGGUUCUGCCCACUCGGCGACCAAGGAGCCGGCCAAGGGAGCCGCCCCCAACGCCCCCCGCACCCGCAAGAAGCGCUGCCCUUAUUCGAAAUUCCAGAUCCGGGAACUGGAGCGAGAGUUUUUCUUCAACGUGUAUAUCAACAAAGAGAAGCGGCUGCAGCUGUCUCGGAUGCUGAACCUGACGGACCGACAAGUGAAAAUUUGGUUUCAGAACAGGAGGAUGAAAGAAAAAAAACUAAGCAGAGACCGGCUGCAGUAUUUUUCGGGAAAUCCGCUGCUGUAACUGCA